GAAACUUUGGCCCACAAACGCAGCUUCUUCGUACGGAUGGUCAGCGAUCCGAAAAUAUACAAUCCGUCGAUAGCAAAGUCACUGCCGUCCACGAGAAGGCAUUUGACAGAAACUGCAGACUCGCCUAUGUCGCCCGACGGAAAUAUCACCAUUCAACCUCCAUCAAGUUCUUCUUGGAUCAGUUGGCCUUUGGCCUUCUUAUUUCAAGGAAUUACCGAAGACGGAUCUGCCAGCGAUUUGCCAAUUAGGUUUAGGCACCUAGACACUAAAGUUCGCUUGAAGACAACGGGCAAAGGCCCGAACGGAGCCUCGCCUUCGGUAUCUCCUGACGGCGAAAACAGUAGGUCUCCCAAGAGGUCGCCAAUCUCUUCCCGAAGAUCUUCGCCGUCGGGCACGUCGUCCUAACUUCGGAGAAAAGUUCUAAGGUUAUGCAAAAACCUGUCUGAUGUGUGUACUUAAGAAUUUAAAUGUAAAUUAC